GUGGCCAGUGCCUAUGACACACCAUACCACUUUAAUCAGUUAGUACAGGUUAGUAGUAAUACCUAGGAAAUGUAUUUAUUAAUAAAUACUAAGGCACAUACAUUGACUCUAUAAUAUACUCUCAAAAUUAAAAUCCACUGCAUGCCAAGUAUGAGAAUGCUAAGCAUUUAUUUUUCAGCAUAGGGUUUUAUUCCUCCUAAUCUUCUCAACUAUUUUAUAGUUUCCAAGUUCAUGCCCACCAACAAGCUAUAAGAUGAGCACCUCUCACAAUCAAGCUCAACCUGGCUCUUCUAACAGCUCAUACCCAGAUGAGUACAAAAUCGCAGCCCUUGUCUUCUACAGCUGUACCUUCAUAAUUGGAGUAUUUGUUAAUGUCACUGCCUUAUGGGUUUUCAGUUGUUCCACCAAGAAGAGAACCACUGUAACUGUCUAUAUGAUGAAUGUAGCAUUAUUGGAUCUAAUAUUUAUCAUGAGCUUACCCUUUCGAAUGUUUUAUUAUGCAAAAGGCGAAUGGCCAUUUGGAGAGUACUUCUGCCAGAUUCUCGGGGCACUCACGAUGUUUUAUCCGAGUAUUGCCCUAUGGCUUCUUGCUUUUAUUAGUGCUGACAGAUACAUGGCCAUUGUGCAGCCAAAAUAUGCCAAAGAACUUAAAAAAACAUGCAAAGCUGUGAUAGCAUGCUUGGGAGUCUGGAUAAUGACCCUGAUAACCACCAUCCCACUCCUACUGCUCUAUGAAGACCCCGAUAAAGCUUCCAACCCUGCCACCUGCCUGAAGAUUUCUGACAUCAUCCACUUAAAAGCUAUUAACAUAUUGAAUUUCACUCGACUGAUAUUUUUUUUCUUGAUUCCUCUGUUCAUCAUGAUUGGGUGCUACUUGGUCAUUAUUCAUAAUCUCCUUCAUGGCAGGACAUCUAAGCUGAAACCAAAAGUCAAGGAGAAGUCUAUAAGGAUCAUCAUCACGCUCCUGGUGCAGGUGCUCGUCUGCUUUGUGCCUUUCCACACCUGUUUUGCUUUCCUGAUGCUGGCUGGGGAUGAAAACAGCUACAAUCCCUGGGGAGCCUUUACCACAUUCCUCAUGAACCUCAGUACCUGUCUGGAUGUGAUUCUAUACUACAUUGUUUCAAAACAAUUUCAGGCUCGAGUCAUUAGUGUCAUGCUAUACCGCAAUUACCUUCGGAGUGUGCGCAGAAAAAGCUUCCGAUCAGGCAGUAUACGGUCACUAAGCAACAUAAACAGUGAAAUGUUAUGAAUAAGUUUUUUGUCUUCAAUCUCCUUAAAUUCAUUUUACUAAUUACCCUAGAGUGAGUGGAUAUUUUGUAUAUUAUCAAGUCACUUCUCUCCUGGAAAAAAAAAACUUUAAAAACUCUUUUGUGGGAUCUUAUUGUGGCAACAUAAUUAAAUAUUCUAAAGUAUUCUAAUAAAUUCAUUACUUUUAUUCUUAAAACUUGUAAGGAACAUUUUCAUGAUGUAUUAGUAGAAAACAUCCAAUUUGUGUUUCAUUUUCAAGCCUUAUCUAAAUAUAUAGUUGACUUAACUUUUUGGAUUUAAUACUAUGUGCAAGUGAAUCAUGAUGUCAAACCAGUCAGAAGGCAAAAAAAAAAAUCCAGCUCCUGUUUGAAAUAAUUUGAUGAAAGUAUUUUCCAUCUAGAUGCAGCUCCCUUUGGUUUAAUUUAUACUCAGGAUUGGUGGUCCAAACCCAACAUUUUGUGUUCCAAGCCAAACUUCCAGGAUCCUUACAAAAAUAACUAUGUUCAUCUCAUCACUGUUAUUUGCUGCAGAGUAAAAUUAGUGAGCAAGCACUUGAGAGAGCCUACGGAAGACCAUGCCAUCAGCCUUCCCCUACUGUAAAUUCAUUUUCUUUUGGAAAUAGGCUAUGGUCACUCAAUAAGCACUUACUGAGAGCCUACCAAGCAUCAGACUCUACUUAAAACCAAUGGGGGAAACCUAACCCAGGAUCCCAUUUCUGCCCAAUAAUCCAAGUUUUCCCCUAUGACACAAGGUUUCUGCUAUAUGGUGAAAUAUCUUUCUCCAAUAUAAAGAUAGUAUAUCUUCUUAUGUGACUGAACAUCACAUUACAUAAGAGAUUAAUUUUUUUUCCAGGUCAUAUGUCACAUUAUAGCACCAGUCAGGGACCUUGCCAUUGAAUUUCCCCUAAUAAAGUACAAACCAAGUAACUUCUCCAUUUCAAAUGAAGUGAACUAUAUAAUCUGAAAAGCCUGUAUUCUAAAUAUGAUAGAAGUAUACAAAUGAGUGAACUAUAAUUUCCUCUCUGCUAAAUCACUUUUAUUACUCUUAACAUGAUCACCUCCCAAUGGGACUUAGAGUCAAAUCAAUGCAUUGGUUAUAAAUUGAUUUCUAUAAUUAACAUGGGUAGAUUCAUAUUCUUUAAAAAAAUUAGAAACACAAAGGAGCCUGAUCAUAAAACAGCAUUUUAGUACUAGAAGGUCCCUUAGAUGAUCUGUUUUAAAUGUAAAGAAACUAAGGUCCAAAGAGGUUAGGUGACUUGCUCAGCUAAAGAACCAGGAUUAGAGACCAAAUUCAGUUCUCUUCUCAUGUCAAUCAUCAAUUUUUUAAUAGAAAGGAAACAAGCUUCCAGAACGUACAACAUUCUCCUAGCUACAUAAGAUAAAGGAGUCAAGGUGGUACUAAGAGAUGUAGUUUCUCAAUGAAGAGAAAACUACUUGAAGUUUUUAGUUUGAACAAUCAAGCAAGAUACUUUUGUAAAUUCCUUUAAACAAAUAAUUAUUUCUAAAACAACAGGAAUAACUCCUGUAUAUCUAGGGUUAUGGUAUGUAUAUACAGUCAUGGCCUUCUCUUAAACUACACAGAUUAAUCUGCUCUUGCGUAAUUUAUUAAAUGGCAAGUUCUCUGCAAUGGCUUUUCUUGAUGAGAAGAGUUCAAUUUGAGAGCACAAAAUGCAACAAAAGGCUUUGUUAACACAAAGUCAACAAAGUGAAAAUGUAUGUCAUGGUUCUCACAAUAAAAUUAUAGAUCAUCUAAACCAGUUAAUUAAAAAAAUCAUUUUAUUCAGUGUUGUAAUUAGAUACAUUUAAACAUGAUAUAUAAAAACUCAAAAUUCCACUUCUCUGGAGGGGUUUGAUUCUGGGAAACAACAUAACAUUCACAUAUAAAUACUAACAGUUAAAAAAUAAUAGGCAUAUAAGGGCAGAAGUGUGAUAGGCGUGUGUUACUGGAAGCACCUAAUAUAGCUUUUAGUAAUGGAAUGAUCUUUAAUGUCAAAACCUAAUGGUUACUUUUUCUGAAUAUGACUCUAGAAAGAUCAGGAAAGUAAUAUGGACUGGAAAUAGAGAAUUGGGAAACAAACAAUAGAUGUCAAGAGUAGCUGAAGUCAUGGGAGUACACAAGAUAGCCCAGAGAAAGAACUUGAAAUAAGCUUGAUAAAGGAGCCGUAGACGGUAAGGUCAAAAAGGACCAGGAAGGAGUAGUGUGCUAAGACUCAGUGGGGCAGGUUAUUUCAUGAAACAAUGGGAGGUCACAAGUAUUUAAUGUGCCACUGAAAGGUCAAAUAAGACAACUGAAAUUAAACCAUUGGCUUUAGAAAUUAGUUGGAUACUGGUGAGAUUUAUAAGAGAAGUUUUAAAAGUGGUACAGUUAAAAAAAAAAAAGGGAGAAAAAUGGGAGAGAAUUAAAUAGGAAGUGAAGAAUUAUAGAGAGAGGAGAUAAAUGUGGCAUUGAUGGGAAAAAAAGGGAACAAGAUAUUAUGUGAAAAACUUCAAAUUAUAAAGCAAUUGACAAAAAAAGAGAGUAGUUUCCUCUCUUGAGUUUUUGAAGCUUUGCUAUCAUCAAAUAAAAGAUAUAUUUAUAAAAUGCAAACUUUCUUUAUUGAAAUAAAAUUUAUGUUCCAAGAAGUCCAUGUCUGAGAAAGCUUCAAGAUUCUAAAAGCCAUACUCUCAUGUUUCAUGAUUUGAAAGGAAAAACAAGUACAUUCCUCAUUCAGGGGAUGGCUGACUUAACAUUUACAUUGUCUUUCAAAGGGGAUCCUCUAACUUUUGAAUUUAUUCAAGUUUGCAACUCUUGCUAUGAACUAAUAUUUAAAAAGGUAAAUGCCUUUCUGCUUUAAGAAUAAAUAAAAAUAUUCCCAACUUCAAAACUUAAUCAAUCCUCCUUAUAGGUACCAGUUAACAGGAUUCCAUACAAAGAAAUAAUUGUCAUUCAACUCUAUGUGCAGUAGAAAAAAGGGUCAUCAGACAAGGGGACAAUGUAAAUAAGAGUUAAGAGCUAUUUUACUACUCAUACCCAAAAUUUAUUCUAAGACAAACUCACACGACAAAUACUGUUCUAUAUAACUCAAGUAGGCCUUAUAGAGAACUAAAAAGAAUUGGCCUGGAUGAGAAAUGUUUGAGAAAAACCAAUGAUUCAGUAAAGCUUCUGCUUUCCUGAACUAACAUGAAAUCAUUCCUGAUGACUACACUAUUUCCCACAAUAGCAGAAUAGUCAACUCAAACUUCUCGGUCUCAUUACAUUUACAACCUGUGGACCUCAACAAAAUUACGACACAGAAGUUUGUGUCAAAUUAUUAUUCAGAAUCAUACAUUAUUAAAACAGCUAAAGGUGGACACUCAUGCCAACUAUAAGUAAAUCUCAUAAAGGACAGCUACAAUGUAAAUAUUAACAAUGUAAGUGUGAGAACUAUUAGAUCACUAACUAUAUUUUUAAAAGAGGUCCAAAGUGAAUUUGAAUCAAGAUAUAUACAGUCAAGAAAAAAAAAGGCAAUACAUACAAUCAU